AUGGAGGAAGUAAAAGCCGUGACGGACAUUUUAGAAGAUGCUUUGUCAAAAAUAAAAAAUGUUACUGGUUCGACUCAAAGUCCGCAAAAUCAAACGAAUUCUACUAGUUCUACUGCCAGUUCUACUCGUCAAACUAGUUCCACUGGCGAAACGCAUACUCAUUCCACAUUACUGGCAAGAGCACAAUCAAACUUCAGGCAAGUAAUAAAUUAUUCAUGAUAUAUUUUAUUAUUUAUUUGCGUAUAUUGAGAUUUUAGUGUUUAUGCAUAAGCUUGUUUGUUUUCAUUAUUUUAAAAUAUCGCCGUUUUCCUUUCAAAUGUCAGCAUCAUGCAUUAACUUGCUGUAUGGGGUUGGGGACCUGGGGUUAUACUAUGCCUAUGGGGUUAGCUUUUAUCACAAAAGUUGGAGCCCCAAAACUAUUUUAGUACUAUUUUGACCACUAUUAUUUAUUUUCAUAUAAUAUCUAAUUUGUUAUUAGCAAUUAAAUUAUUGCUGAACUAUCACCAAAACUUUGCCUCAGCCCCCUGCCCCCAAUGGUAUGCUUCUGCCCCCCUCCAAGAAUUUGUAAACUAGUGAUAAUCUGUAAAGUUUGAGAGGAAAAUAAUACCUAAUAAUUGCCCCUGGGUAAUCAGCCCCCCCCCCCCAAUACAAAAUUGCUUCAUAUGAUAGUGUCAGCAUACAGUAACUUUGCCUCAUAUGGGCUGCAUGUGCACUGCAUGCACCCCAGCAUGCACAGUGUAAUAAUAAUAAUAAUAUCUCGAUUACGGCAUUAAUUGCUACGAUUUAACGAAUUACUUUGGAAAAAACGUUUGGUUGAAGGUAGAAAAAUGAUGUUACAAUGCUGAUUUUGACAACAGAUUUUUUAGUUUAUUUAGAACUUCUGCAUCUCAUGAUCAUUGAUAAACAGCACAACAAAAUAAUUGGUUAUUGAUACACAGUGUAUUAGCUAGAGAUGUUACCCUUAAAAAGUACUCCUCUCUCUAAAUUAUGUUCACUUUUAACAAACGUUUUUUAGUUUCACAAACAUAAUAUAUAUUCACUUAUUUAAACAUUGAUAUUAUAUUCCUUGCUGACAUAAUGUGAGAAUGAUCCCCAAGUUUUCUCAGUUCUUUUUCAUUCUCAUCCCUUGUCCUUUAUCUUCUUUUCCUUUUGCCCCCUCAUUUUCCUUUUGCCCUUUCCUUUCUUUUCCGCUUUGUUCUCUUCUUUUCUCUCUUUCUUUUCUUUCCCUUCCCUUCCUUUGUUUUUAAUCUUCUUUGAAUUUCUUCCCUGGGCCUAAGACCCUUUGAUUCCUCCCCACCCCCAGGAAUUAUAGAAGAAUAUACACCCCUGGCAUAAUUUGUUUUGGUCACAGUUCUUAUAAAAUAGAAACGUACAAGGUGUCUAUGUGAACUUGAAAGAUGUUAUUUGCACUUCACAAACCUAGAAAUAACACCUUUCAAGUUCACCUUAUUAGAACCCGCACACCCGAAAAUCUUUAUCUACACACAAACUUUCAGUAAUUACAGCUUGGCAACUGCAAGGCCUCUGUCGCUCAGUUGGUUAGAGCACUGCACUGGAGUCACAGGGCUGCAGGUUCGAUUUCUGUCAAUAGAAGGUGUCCAUAUACCUGGUCCAUAAGCUGGGGGCUUAAAGUGGCAUGAUCAACCACAAUGCAAUGCACGCUUUUGUUUACGUUUUUCAGUUACUUUCCUCAAUAGUUGCUGCCAUUCUCAAGGCCAUGAGAAUGGCUGUACAAACGCACACAUUGCAUUGUGGUUGAUCAUGCCCCUUUAAUAUAUCUUAUGCGCUUUCCCUUUUGUGCACAAGGGGUAAGCUGGGAGAACACAAGUUACAAGAAAAGUGCAUAAAACAUGAGACAAUGUUUUACGUGCUUUUCCUGUGUUCUACCAACUUCCCCUCAUCUAUAAUAACACUAGAAAAACAUGAAAUAAGUAUUUAUAUUUUGUUUACAAUAUAGGAAGAUACAAUACAGUAAACAGUUUUAUGCAUAAACAAAUUGAUACUUCAAGGAUCAAUUUCAAAAUUCUGCUAACAUGUGUCAUGUGGGGAACGGCAGUUUCGGUCCCGUUCAGUACGAUCCCAUAAGAUCACAAAUUCACUCACACUUUAGAAAUUAUAUUUCACAAAAAAUUUAGCUCUCCCUUUUAAAUUGUGAUCAAAAUGCUUAUCUUCACUGGAAAUGAAAUUUGAGCUUAGAUGCUAAGUAGUCCAGAACAGUACCGGGAGACCACCAAGAAUCAGUGGGUAUAGUGUUGAGGAAAUAUAUAUUUUUAAUAUUUCAUACAAUUCCUCAAAUUGAAAGUGUCCCAUCAUGCAAAUUCAUGUGAGCAUGCAUUCCUUAUGUUGUUAAUCAACUUUUGGGUGAAUUAACCAGAGUGGAAGCACUCGUCCCCUGACGAGUAAAAUCAUUUUGUGUUAGUCAGAGUAAAAUAAUAAAGUAGGGCUGAUCAGGGCACAUUGCCACUUAAAGGGUAAACAGGAUGCAUUGGUAGAUAGUGUGAUGAACCCAUUGGGUGGCAGCACUCUCCCCAUUGACAAGUAAAAUUUUCUGACGUUAGACAGGAAGAUUGUAAUAAAGUAGGGCUCAUCAGGACACAUAAUCGUCACAAAGACUAAAAACUUGUUUUUUAUUGAAAAUUUCGAGGUAAAUUUUGAGAAAUGUUUCCAUCAAUGGUAGUACUACAAGUAUUUUUCCCAUACACAUGCAGAUUGCAGACAGAACAAAUUUCUCCAGUAAGGAGAAGCAACCCAUUAAACCAGAUAACGACUGGGUUCGUGAGGUACAUUGGGUAAAAUUGUCAAGCAAAUUAAUGAAUUUUCAAACUAUUUUCAUUAGGUCAUCCUUUCCUCAGUUCUACAGCACCGUGCAUUCGAGUCAACGCGAGACACGGCCUCGGAAAAAGCAACGAAGUUCUCCCUUUGCUGCAUGGGUGAAAGACACCUGGACACAUGAUUUUGUUUUAUUAUCAUCCACAACAGCGGGCAGAACACCAACUCCACAGAUAAUGCAACAAUUACAAAGUGCUGGCUUGGGUAGAAAGAAAAUUGUGUUUAAAGAUAAGCAGGGUGGAUUUGACCAUUUGAGAGAAACACUGGAGAAGGAGUUUCCAAAGUUAGAAACACAAAAAGGUGCUUUUGAGUUACUAAGAGCAGACAGAGGAGGUUAUUCUCGACCACUGUUGAGCAUCCCAAUGUCCAACUUAGGAUACACCAUCAAACAUCUUAAGGAAGCCGUAUCUGGAAGUGCUGCAAUUUAUGUGAGACCAAUUCAGAGCGACCUUGACAUGACCCCGAUCUCAAGUGCUGGCAGUCAAGACGGUGAAACAGUGUACACUCAGUGUGUUUGCUGUCAAGAGCAUGUUCCACUCUUGGAAAUGAAAAGUCAUGCAAGUACUUGUAAAAGUAAAGAAAUAAAUAGUGAGUCUGUUACGUCUAGUAUUUCUGUUGGCACUAUUACUACCAAUGCUAAUAAUUUACCUGGGUCUGAGAUAGAAACUAUUGUGGUCGACGAAAACAAUAGUGAUAAAGACUUAACACUGAUGGAAGAUGACAGUAAUAUGUACAGUAAUAUUUUUCCCACAAGUGAUGUGAAAGCAAACUGGACUGAACAAUUACAAGAAAUGUUUCCUGAUGUGCUAAAGACAAACAUUGAGUCGUCUGUGAACGUUUCUGUAUCACUCGAAGAAGCUGCUGAAAUCGUCUGUGAUGGAAUCAAUGAUCUGGACAAACCGAAGGAGAAAGAUGAUGAUCUCUCGGACUUACUUGCUGGACUAGCAGCAAAAAUUCAGGACAGUGACUACAUGUUAACAGUUGAAAGAGAUGAAGUGUGGAGUGCUGCUCUUACAUUUUACAAAAAAGCUUUACUUGACAAGACCAAAUUAUGGCAAGACCUGACAAUUAUUUUUAAAGGAGAAGAAGGCCUUGAUGCCGGAGCCAUAAGAACAGAAUUCUUUGAAAUCUUGUUGAGGGAAAUUAAUUUUCGUCUUUUUGAAGGUCAAGAACUAUCACAACUUCCAGUGAGAGAUAGCAAUAAGGCAAUGCUUUUGAAACUGGCAGCAGUUGCAAUUUCCCACUCAAUUAUUCAGCGUGGUCCCGCAUUUAGUUGUUUGUCACCUGCUAUAUACUCCUACAUUGCGGGUUGUGAUGCAGAUGUUGUUGCAUCUCAUAUACACAAAGACGAAGUUCCAAGAAAUGCAGGUAGAUAGUGUUAAUAAUAAUGUAUUUCCUAUUUAACAGUAAAUAUAUUAAACAUUACAUUACACAUCAAUUUUUAGCAAUUAAUAUUCUUUCGGAUACUGUUUCGUCAGAUACUGCAUGUUUUUAUUUUGUUUGGGGUGGCUGUCACCGCAUUUAUUUUAAUGAAAUCAAGGAUCCAUGAUUUAACCAGUUGAGGGGCAGCACUCUUCACAUGAUGAGUAAAAUCGUCUGGCAUUGGUAAAAUUUGGACGUUGUAAAUUUCUGACGGCCUGAUACGAAAACUCAUUCUAGUAAUCUAGACUAAUGGAAUUUUCACCUUUUACUUUACUCUGAAAAACAUCUAUUCUUAUGUGAUCAGACGUACGUUUUUAAGCAUUUCAAAUUAUUGUUUUUUUUUGUCUAUGGAAACCACAGUAAAUUUAACCACGAGUGUUUAUCAAUUUAAUUCUCAGAAACUGUGACGUGAUAAAACGAACAAAUAUUAUUGUAAUGAUAAAAGAGUGAGACAAUUUCUCAGGUGUACAAGACAAGUGUUAUGUGUUUGCAAUGGAGCAAGUAUUACCGAAAUCAGUAGAAUGUCUUUUCCGGAAGUUGAAAAGGCAGUCAGAAUGGCGUAGAAACGUUCAUGUUUUAUGACGUCACGGUGAAGGAAUGCAGCGUGGAACUUGUAUGUUAUUAUACUUAUUUAGUAACUUUAUUUAGUUACAAGCUCAAAACAAGCUUUCUAGCAAAGGGAGAACCUUUGUUCGUGGGAAGGCACUGAGGGGGGGAAUGCAAACUAAAUAAACUUCCUAAUAAGUAAAAUAACGUACAAGAUUCACGCUGCAUUCUUUCACCGUGACGUCAUAAAACAUGAACGUUUCUACGCCAUUCUGACUGUCUUUUCAACUUCCGGAAAUGACACUCUACUAAUUUUGGUAAUAAUUAGUUUUAAUUUCAUUUCAUGUAUAUCCAAAAGUAACUGAGUUCGAUUGAAUUUUUUAUGCACAGGUUUUUAAUUUUUCACUUCACCUUUUUAAAAUUAUUCACCAGUAAAAUGUUCUAUCAAUAAACUUUUUGAUAUAGAUUUAGACAAAUACGAUAGCGAUAAUAAAUUUAGCCAUAAUAAAUUUCCUAUUGCCGCUGUCAUAUUUGUCAAAAUAAAAUUUUCUAGUAUUUUAAAAUCUACAGUUUUUAACGUCUUUCGAAAUUUUAUUUACAUAUUCUAUUUUAAAUGUGUUUUGUUCAAAUAAACCAUUUUUUUGUUUCUUUUUUAUUUCAUAGGCACAGCUAACCUGUACAAUUUUUUGGAGAUGAUCGAUGACACGUCCAGCAUUCACAAUGUUUUAGAAGGUCAUGCCUUGUGUGAUGCAUACUGGGCCUUGAUUAAUGCAUCACACUGGCCUAUCGAGAAGAAAAUAGAUGACCAAAAUGUAGGUAUGCUUGUUCAACAUUUGCUGGAAAAUGAAAUAAUUUACUCCAGGAAGUUAGAAAUAGAUAGCUUUGCCGAAGGGUUGGAUGUUAUGGGCCUACGCAAGAUUAUAAGAGAGAACCCAACGUCCUGUCGUGAUUUGUUUUGUUAUAACACAGAAAUGAUCUUGACUGCCGAGAAGUUCAUAUCACAAGUGCUUUUAAAAGAACCAACCGACUACUCAGAGAAACAAAGUUAUGAUUGGUUUUUAAAAUAUGUUAAUUCAUCAAGUGAGGAGAAGUUGAAAUGUUUGCUCCAGUUUGUAACCGGGCACAGGUCGAUACCACCAAGAGGCUUGUCGCACCUAAUUUGUAUUAAAUUCCUACCCGAUGAUGAAAAAGCUUCCCUCCCUAAAUCAAUUGCAUGUCUUGGCAUUAUCCAUCUACCAACGGUGUAUUCAAGUGAGAAGAAGUUCGUGCAGAGUUUAGAUAUAGCCCUAAAAUGGGAGUGUGAAGGAUUUGGAUCGUCAUAACUAGGACCAGUUGAGCGGCAUAUAUCUUAUAAA